AUUUAUGAAGCUCCAACAAUUCAAGAUGCAGAAAUUAUACCAACGAGCUUUCCCUCUCCUCAUCAUAACCAUUUCUGCAUUCCCUCUCAUCCAAUCUUCCCAUGUCUAUCCCGAUUUUGUUCGUCAACCUCCUCGUAAGCUCGUCUUCACUCCGCAUAAUCGAUCUGAAUCCGACCCUCAACAGGUGCAUAUAUCAUUGGCAGGGAGAGAUUACAUGAGAAUUUCUUGGAUAACAGAAGAUAGAGAGGUUUCAUCAAGGGUAGAAUAUGGGAAAACAGCAGGAAAGUAUACUGAAAUGGCAACAGGAGACCACAUGUCGUACCAAUACUUCUUGUAUAGGUCGGCUAAGAUUCACCAUGUCAGGAUUGGACCUCUAGAUCCAGCGACAGUAUAUUAUUACAGGUGCGGUGGUCUUGGUCCUGAGUUUUCGUUUAAGACUCCUCCUCCAAGUUUUCCCAUUGAAUUUGUCAUUAUCGGUGACUUGGGCCAAACAGAAUGGACCACAUCAACCUUAACCCACGUAGCCAAAAAAGACUACGACGUCUUCCUCCUCCCCGGCGACCUCUCCUACGCCGACAGCCACCAGCCGCUCUGGGACACCUUCGGCCGACUAGUCGAGCCAUACGCCAGCCAGCGCCCAUGGAUGGUCACCGAAGGCAACCACGAGAUGGAGAUUUUCCCCAUCAUCUACCCGCACGGCUUCAAAGCCUAUAACUCCCGCUGGCUCAUGCCGUACAAAGAGAGUGGUUCUCCCUCCAACUUGUACUACUCUUUCGAAGUCGCGGGAGCCCACAUCGUAAUGCUCGGCUCCUAUACUGAUUUCGGGUCCGGGUCGGAGCAGUACCGGUGGCUCGAGGCGGACCUGGCCAUGGUUGAUAGACAGAGAACGCCGUGGGUUUUGGUGCUGUUGCAUGCGCCGUGGUAUAACACUAAUUUGGCUCACCAAGGGGAGGGGGAGAGCAUGAGGGAAGCUAUGGAGGAAUUGCUUUACCGGGCUCGAGUCGACGUCGUUUUUGCUGGUCAUGUUCAUGCUUAUGAACGUUUUACAAGAAUAUACAACAAGAAGGCUGAUCUAUGCGGGCCGGUUUAUAUAACCGUCGGUGACGGAGGGAACCGUGAAGGACUUGCCCUAAUGUUUCAGACACCUCCCUCUCCGCUCUCCUUAUUCCGAGAGCCAAGUUUCGGCCACGGACGACUAAGAAUCGUUGACGAAAUGCGAGCAUAUUGGUCGUGGCAUCGGAACGAUGAUUCUGACUCCAUUGUUGCUGAUGAGGUCUGGCUUCAGAGCCUAAGAAAAUCCAAAUCAUGUUGGUGUAAUGCAACAAACCCUGACCCAUCAUUAUCACAUUCUAAGGAUGAACUCUGAGUUGUUUAGUGUUUAAUAUUUGGUUUGUGUUUGAUUUAAUUAUUUUCUGAUUACAAAUUUGAUAAAAUUAAUGUAAAAAUUAAAAGAACUGAUUAGAAACUGAAUCAAAGUCUGAUUUCAGAUUUUAGUAAAGAUUACAAAGCACUUGAUAUCGAGAUGCCAUUCAAUUCUAUUUUAUGAUCCUUCAUGUCAUCCUCAAUGGAUGAUUAGAGAUAGAGAAUUCACAAAAUUCACCUUAUUUGAACAGGGUUGAUUGAAGAUCAUCAAUUCAACAAUUCGGAUCUUCUAACUGGGUUAGACUAUGUUUGGAUUGAAUCAAUUAAUUUUGUUGAGUUUCACUUAAAAUUUCAUGCUU